CUCUUCAUGCUCUUUAUGCUCUUGGCACACAUGUGGACAUUUAGUUUUUUAUAAUUAUAGUUACUGUCAAUAAUAAAAAGAAUAAAAAUUUGAUAAUAACAAAAAGGAAUUGUCCCUGAAGAGGUGAAGGACAUGAAACUUAUAAUACAUUUUAAAUUUCUCAUUUAUAUAAUAUACAUUCUCUUCAGCAAUCAGAUACUAUUUAAGUCAAUUUCAGCUUCCAGUUGAUCCUCUAGCAUAUUUAACACAUUAAAUAUUAAAUUUGUUUGAAUAAACUUAUACACAUAAUUCUUCAUGACAAACCAUGCAUUGUUGCAAAUUAUUGUGCAAUGUAACAGGAUGAUUAAUUUCAUGAUCAUGUGUGUAGUAUCUUUACUUGUAAUAUUGUUUGGAAAGAUUCAUCCACCUUUUACAUCCCCCAAAAAAUUAUGUGUUUCGCCAACUAUUUUGCAAGAGAAUGGAGCAAAAAAGAAGAUGGUCAAGACAAAAGCUGUAAGAAAAGUACAAUUGAAGGAAGAUGAGUUUGAUCCACAAUUGGAACCAUUACUUAAGGAAAAUCCACGAAGAUUCGUGGUUUUCCCCAUACAGUGGCCUGACAUUUGGGACAUGUACAAAAAAGCUGAAGCCUCUUUUUGGACCGUGGAAGAAGUAGAUCUGUCCAAGGAUAUCCUUGAUUGGAACAUUUUAAACGACAGCGAGAAGCACUUUAUAUCUCACGUAUUAGCAUUUUUCGCCGCCUCUGAUGGAAUCGUGAAUGAAAAUCUUGUUGAACGAUUCAGUCAGGAGGUGCAAGUAACGGAAGCACGUUGUUUUUAUGGCUUUCAAGUUGCCAUGGAAAAUGUGCAUUCAGAAAUGUAUUCUUUGUUGAUUGAUACUUAUAUUAUGGACGUCAAAGAAAGGGACUUCCUAUUUAACGCGAUCGAAAAUCUGCCCUGCGUUGCAAAAAAAGCCAAUUGGGCACUAAAUUGGAUAAAUCAUGAAACUGCCACUUUUCCUGAACGCGUAGUUGCAUUUGCUGCCGUGGAAGGUAUCUUUUUCAGUGGUAGCUUCGCCGCUAUUUUCUGGUUGAAGAAGAGAGGUCUUAUGCCAGGUCUAACGUUCAGCAACGAACUUAUUUCUAGAGAUGAGGGAUUACAUUGCGACUUUGCGUGUUUAUUGUUUAAACAUAUCGUACAAAAACCAUCGUGCGAACGAGUCAUAUCGAUCAUUAAAGAUGCCGUUGUAAUUGAACAAGAAUUCUUAACAGAUGCUUUACCCGUCGAAAUGAUUGGCAUGAAUUGCAAGCUUAUGUGUCAGUACAUUGAAUUUGUUGCAGACAGAUUACUUGUUGAGCUAGGCUGCGAAAAGAUUUAUUUGUCUGAGAAUCCGUUUGACUUCAUGGAGCAUAUUUCCUUGGAAGGCAAAACGAACUUCUUCGAAAAGAAAGUUGGAGAGUAUCAGAAGUGGGGAGUUAUGCAAAACAAAAUAGAAAACAGUUUCACGGUUAACGCUGACUUUUAAUUGAAUAAAUAACGAUGGAAUGACUCUGCGCUCCAGGGGAUCUCGUCAGUCUUGUCUCAGCAGCUCUAAGUCGUGUGCAAUUGACUCAGUAUAUCAUCGACCAAGAAGUUGCGAUACAGACUUGCAUAGCGCGCAAAGUGAGUCUUUGGAGUGUAAAAGGUUAAAAAAAUGCGGUAAGAUCUCUCCUUGAGAUUUUUUCGUAUUUACCAGAGAUACUUAGUUUAAAUAUCCAUAUAGAUAAAGACAAACUGUUUUUCUUGUGUCCUUUUUCUUACGCGGACCGAUCUGAUUCGUUAUAAUUAGGUCCUGAAAAAUGAUAGUAGUAGUAUUUAUUUUUUUUGUUUCGUUUGAUCUUUUAUUUUUCGACGAUGAAAUUGAUGCUCCAACACAUGUAUGUGUAAGUAUCUUUUUACGUUUCUCUCGAAAUUAGAAUAAGUGUGCAUUAGGUGUGAUAUUGUCUUGUGUAAUGCUAUAUGUUAGAUAAAAUGUUGACUAUAACUGUUAUUGACUAAUAGAGACGAAUUUUAUCUGCAAAUAUCGAACUUAAACAAGUGAAAGUUUGAAACUUCCCAAAGUAAUAUGUAAAUUAAAUUUGUACAGAAAUGCACGCAUGUCCGUGUUUAAAACAAAUGGUCAAGAAUAAAGACUGUAUAAAUA